ACAUUUCAGAAUGCCAUACACAUUGCAACUCUGUCAUCUCUGUACAUUUUCCUUGCUUUGUCAGCAUCUCAAUCUCUUUCAACCUUUAGGUAGUUGUGGUUUUGUCGUCCUAACAAUAAAUAAUGUUCGAAUUUCAGCCAUCCACAUGUUCAUCGACUUCCUCCAUUAAUUUUGGGUUAGACAAAUACAAGUCAGAGGAAGCUUCGUAUACGGCGUCGGUUUCUUGUCAUUCAAACAUCUGAUCUCUCGCGGAUAUUCUGGACGUUUAAACAAAAGCAAGCACUUAUAGGAAAAGGGUCUGGGGAUUUUGGUGUCGGGUUGAGGAAUUAAAGCGUAUUUGGAGGAGUAGCUAUGACGAAAUGGGCGAAAGAAGAAGUGGUUUUCUUCGAAAGUGGGGAAGAGGAUGGGGAUGUAGAAGAGGGGAUGGAAUCAGAAGAAGAAGAAGAAGAAGGAGACAAAAGUGUUGCUGAUGUUGAUAAUGAAAGUGGAGGUCGUAGUUUUUCACCUUCUUCUUCGUUCAUUUCUCAACAAUGGCCUCAGAGUUACAAAGAAACAACGGAUUUCUACUCAAUUGCAGCAUCGCCAAAUUUCGGAAAUCUUCGGCUCAUAUCUGGUGCAUUUUAUCCUGACGGUAGCAGUCAGAAUAGCUUGGACAUUAGUGGGAAGACACCUUUGCUUUCCGAGUACAAGAACAUAAAUCAGAAAGGAGAAGUAGAUAGGAUAUCUGCAAGGCAGCAGUCCUCUUGGCUGGAAAAGAGUUCUGUUUACCGACAACUGACUGGAGAACUUCCUAUUGGUCAGGGAUGUAGCUUAACACAAACUAUAUUCAAUGGGAUAAAUGUUAUGGCUGGAGCUGCACUUCUUUCUACACCUUAUACUGUUAGAGAAGGUGGCUGGGCAAGUUUGUUUGUGCUUAUUCUCUUUGCAUGUGUCUGUUGCUAUACUGCUGAACUUAUGAGACACUGCUUUGAAAGCAAAGAAGGCAUCUUAACCUUUCCAGACAUGGGAGAGGCAGCAUUUGGGAGAUUUGGACGGAUUUUUGUUUCUAUCAUCUUGUAUGCGGAAUUAUAUACAACAUGCGUGGAGUUUAUAAUUCUAGAAGGAGAUAACCUGUCCAGAUUAUUCCCUCGAGCAUCCAUGGAUUUUUCUGGUUUUCAACUGGAUUCCACGCAUUUGUUUGGAGUUUUAACAGCUCUUGUCAUUCUACCCACUCUUUGGCUAAAAGAUCUACGCUUGAUCUCUUAUCUUUCAGCUGGAGGGGUCAUUUCAAAUGUAAUCGUAGUUUUGUGCCUAUUUAUUCUUGGCACAGUAGAUCAUGUUGGAUUUCAACAUAAUGGUCCAUUAGUGAACUGGAGCGGUAUUCCUUUUGCUAUUGGGGUCUAUGGGUUCUGCUAUUCAGGGCACUCUGUUUUCCCAAACAUCUACCAAUCAAUGGCUGAUAAAACCAAAUUUACUAAAGCAGUGGUCAUAUGUUUCAUGCUAUGUGUUUUGCUAUAUGGUGGUUCUGCAAUCAUGGGAUUUCUUAUGUUUGGUCAAAGCACAAAAUCUCAGAUUACUCUGAAUUUGCCAAAUCAUGCAGUUGGUUCGAAAAUUGCAUUGUGGACAACAGUUGUCACCCCACUCACUAAAUAUGCCCUGUUGAUGAAUCCCUUGGCAAGAGGUAUAGAAGAGUUGCUUCCCGCUAGGUUCUCUGAUAAUCUCUGGUGCUUCAUUUCUGUAAGGACAGCACUUGCCCUAUCUUCUCUCUGUGUUGCAUUCGUUCUUCCUUUCUUUGGUCUGGUGAUGGCUCUAGUUGGUUCGCUCUUUAGCAUUCUUAUGGCAAUUGUAAUGCCAGCACUAUGCUUUGUGAAAAUAUUGGGGAAAACAGCAACCAGAACUCAGGUUGUGCUCAGUAUUGCUAUUGUUGCACUGGGAGUGGUGAGUGCAUUCGUGGGGACGUAUAAUUCAGUAUCAAAUCUUGUCAAGAAAUACUAAAUUUCUGUAACAUGAGAAUUCAUAUUGUUGCCUUGUUCUGUAAGGACAUGCACUUGAAGUCCCUGAGGCUAUUUUUUUUGUAGUAGAUCUAAUCUCAUCAAGGUGUAUUUGCACCAAAAGGGAGGAGGUUUUUUCAAUCAUAGUUGUGUAUCUUUCUAAUUAAAUUCUCCUUAUUCUCAUAUGUAAUAACAGGAACUGCAAUUAGACAGUAAUCUUUCCAAUA